UCUCUCUCUGCCCGGUUGUGGCUUAGCUGUGGCUCUGGUCUGCAUGCACAGCAGUAGGAAGGCAACUGACACGCAGUGAUCAUCCCUGCUGCCUCCCUGGUUAAAUCUGCAUGGCGACUAAACACAGAGAUUACAGCAGCAUUAAGAGCACUGUGUUUUCACCAGCAACUACACAAGUAGAUUAGAGCCUGAUGCUUGCCCGGUGCUGGAUUAUUAGUAGGAUCAUUUCUCCAAAGCGGGAGAGGUGAUUAGGCAUCAGCAUGCUGAGCGUUUCUGCAUAGCAGGAGAGUUGAACAACCACAGCCCUUCCAAUGGUCCAGUUUCUCAAGCGUUCAGUUGUGUCUUCACUGUAGUGCCUCAAGCUGUGCAGAUGGUCAACUCCUUAACUUGUGCGACCCUCCAGAAUUCCUCAGAGCAAGAUUGACAUUGAACAAAGAAGAAGAGCAGAUGAAUUAGUUGGAUUCAAAGUUGGGAUAGAAUUGGAGGUGUGAGCAAUACCUCUGGAUAACGAAAAAAAGAAGAAGAAGAAAAAGAAAGAGUGCUUCAGGAAAAGAGAUGUCCAAACCUUCACGACUGGUCAAACCCUCCAAGCAGUCCCGAAAGGACCCUGCGGGGAACCGCUCACACAUGCUGGUCAUUGGGGAGAGGCUAAUGAGGGCUGGAAGUGAAGGAAACCUGAGAUCCAGACCACCACAGAAGCCUUCUGCCACCAAUCCAUUGGGCUCUAACUCAGCGCCAGUGAAAAGCAACCAGAGGCCGUGCUCCCAUGAGGAUGUGGAGAGCCAGAGCAGAAAACAAAGCAGUGCGGAUGAGAGCGAGCAGCCAGAGUCCUGGUCCCCUCGCACCGUCCCUCGGAGACACACAGUAGGAGGACCUCGCACUGCCGGAGACGUGAUCGUCCUGCAGUCUUACAACAUGGACCACAAGAAAGAGGCCUUUCUCGAGCAUCUGAAACAGAAGUAUCCUCAUCAUGCCUCUGUCAUCAUGGGCCACCAGGAACGACUCAGAGAACAUAUCAGGAGUUCUGGGCACAGUGUGACCCCUCAGUCUACUGUAGGGGAGCUGGGGGAGCAUCUCUCCUUGGCCCCUCUUGAGUGUUUGGAGGCCAUGUCGGAGGGAGAAGCCCCGUCCGCCUUCACCCGAGGUAGCCGCUCCCGAGCAAGCCUCCCUGUGGUCAAGUCAACUAACCAGACCAAGGACAGGUCAUUAGGUUUUCUCUACCUGCAGUAUGGAGAGGAGACCAAACAAAUCCGAAUGCCCAAUGAAGUGACCAGUUCGGACACCAUCAGGGCUCUGUUCGUCAGUGCCUUCCCUCAGCACCUCAACAUGAAGAUACUGGACUCUCCCAAUGUGGCUAUAUACAUCAAAGAUGACAUGAGGAAUAUGUACUAUGAGCUGACCGACGUCAGGAACAUCACACCACAAUCUUGCCUGAAGGUGUAUCACAAAGAUCCAGCCCAGGCCUUCAAUCACAACGCAAGAGCCAAUAAUGGAGAUAUUAGGAUCACAAGAGAGCGACUCUACAGCAGCAGACAGCAGCCAGGAGGCCAAAGCCCAGUGCACACUCUUCCUCACAGUCCCAUACAUUCAGUCCAAGGCUCCAUGUCUCCUCCUACACCUCGCUCCAUGCCCUCCUCCCCCUCCAGGAUUCCCUAUGGUCACUCAGUUGCCAUGCCCGGUGGUGCCACCUUACCCAGAGACCGUCUGUCCAGCGUGCCUCCCAGUCGCUCCACCACACCCUGUGUCAGUGCUAUCCUUGAGCGACGGGAUGUCAAACCUGACGAGGAUCUUAGCAGCAAGUAUGCAGAAGCAUACGGUUCACCUGAAGCCAGACUCAGCAUUGCCUCAUCCCAAAGCAGCCACACCGGAGACGUCCCGGAUGGGGCGGCAUACAUCCAGCAUCGCUCCUCAGUCAAAUACGCAGAAGGACAAGACCUCCAGCACGCAGUCUUUCGUCAGAAAUCCCGCAAGUACAGCGAAAGUCAACUCGCAUCGAUGAGCUCCAAAACACCGCCUGCUUCCCCUCACAGGGUCAAUGAGGUCAGGAUGAUUGACAUAAUCCCAGGCCAGAACACCCACAUGCCAGCAGAAAGGGUUUCACCUGUUCGGAGGUCUUACCGUAAGGACAGUAAUGGAGCCAUGGAGGUGAACAGCAGGGUGAGAGGGAACAUGGCCUCCCCUGUUUUUGCGGACCUUCCAGCCGGUCAUGGAGAUAAGCCGUUUCAAGGGCAUGUAGGAGCAGGAGAUCCGCAGAGUGAAAGAAUAAAGGCCAUGGAGCAGCAGAUUGCCAGUCUUACUGGACUCGUUCAACACGCUCUUAUGAAAGGGCCAAACACAAGUGCUAAAGAGGUUUCCAGUGAAAAAACAGUAAACAUGGGACCCCCAGCACAGAACGGUGGCAUGUGUGUUGUAACAUCAUCUAAGGAGCCAGCUGUGCAGACAGACAGUUCUUCAGCUCAGUUUCAGACCCCAGUCAAAGACCCAGCUUUAAGCUCAAUCCUCUCCACCUUCAGGAGAAACGUCUCUGAUCUCAGACUGCAGCUUCACCAGCUCAAACAGAUGCAGCUACAAAACCAAGAAUCAAUAAGGCUGAUGAUGCAACAGGCAGAGCAGGAGAUCUCGGAGAGGGUUUCAGACACUGUGCUGCACCUCGAGGACCCUGUUCAUAGACAGAGAGUCCAGGUGGAUGAAGAAAGACAUCACUAUCUCGGCAUGGAGGAAAAAGUCCUUCUGCAGCUCGGAGAGCUGGAGAACUAUGUGGAAAUGCUGAAGAAAGAGUCCAGCUCUGCUAUGAGUCAGCGACCGGUCACUCUGAAGGAUGUGGAAGAAGGGGCCGUCAACUUGCGCAAAGUAGGAGAGGCUCUGGCCACACUCAAAGGAGAGUUCCCAGCCCUGCAGUUGAAAAUGCGUGCUGUGUUGAGGGUGGAGGUAGAGGCGGUUCGUUUCCUGAAGGAGGAGCCUCACAAAAUGGACAACAUGCUGAAAAGAGUCAAAGCUCUGACUGACACUCUUAGUAGACUAAGAAGAUAUGCCACAGAGAGCCACAACCAUACUUCUGACCAAUUCCAAGUGAAGGCAUUGACUGCUGAUUCAGUGGAAGAGCACAGGUCUCCAAAACCUGUUCGUGAGUCCCCUACCCCACAACCGAGAUCACCUGCCAAAGUCAUCAACACAGAACCUGUGCCCUCUUCUCCAGUCACAGUCCACCGUGUUCAAACAGUUCCCUCCAAUGCUCACCACCCCAGUCCCCCCCUCACACCCACCCAUGGCAGAGACUCUCCAACUGUGGCGAAGGUCAGUCCUAGGAGCAGAGAAAACAGUCCUGCCCUGCAAAAGCGAGCAAUUCCCCAGGGUCAGGAAGCUGUGCUAACAACCUCUGGAUCCUCCACACCUCCACUCCAAGCGGAGGAGAUCCAUGUCAACACAAGCAGGCCCAUGUCUGAAGAGGUAUCAAAACGGGCUGUAGAGGGGGACCUGAUGAUUCGCUCUGCUGGAGCAGAAGCAGAAAAUGAAAUGGACAGGAUUCUCCAACAGACCCAAGUCAGCCUUCUGAAGGCCAUCCCUGACCUGGAGGUGAGCACCCAGGUGGACAGUGCCCCUUCCCGAACACAUCGCCCAUUGCCAGAUGAGAUGAACUCUACACUUCAAGUGUCUUCACCCCCUGAAGCCACACCACAGCAUGGACCCAAAGCAGAUAAACCAGCCCAGACCAGUUUGGAAAAACCACAGAAGCCGGCCAUAGAGAAGCCCCACAGGGCCACUGUUGACAGAGCAAAGCCCAACCCUGAAACAGCCACCAAAUCACCUCCCCCUCCCCCACCACGCAGAUUCUACCCCUCUGCAACAGGCCUGACCACUGGACGCUCAGGAGAAGUGAUCUACACCAGCCGAAAAGAGUCCACUAGUGCUCAGGAGGGUGAAGAGGAGGCCCCGCAGCCUAAAUCCUCGCGUGUGCCCCCAGAGGUCAAGCCCAAGCCCCGCACCCCUCCUCCUGUCAACACCUCCACCUUUCAAGACGAGGAGGAUGAAGGAGAUAAGAUCAUGGCGGAGCUACAGGUGUUUCAGAAAUGCACUAUUAAAGAUUUACAGCCCAGAUACAUUGUUGAUCUCACAACCCAUGAGCCCUCAGGCAGUGAGAUGGAGCCAGGGCUUUCUCUAUCUUACCACACAAAGAACACCACUCGCAUAUCUGGAGAAGGAGCACUAUCUGAAAGUAAGGAAGAUAGUGCACCACCUGGUUCUCCUGCGGUCAUGUAUUAUAUCACCGGAACUUCAAAGACAUCAAGUGAGAGCACCUCUAGGCCAGAUGACCUAAAGGAGCCCAAGGAAGCAACAUUUUCUCCUUCAAAGGUUGCAAUUGAGAAUGCUUCUGACCUUUACCAAGAGCAACAAUUGUUUAAAUCAGAUAACUUAUCCGAAGUUUCACUUCAGACAUGUCAAUCAGUCCAGGAGGUCCAAAGCAAGCCAAAUUAUAUACAUCAGGUGUUACCUGGCCCAUGCAAAUCUCUAAACAACAACCGUAAUGCUGGAAAAGAGCUCAAGACUGAACCUGUUCUGAAGUACCUAAAACAGGUAGUUCCCCCACCACCUGAAAAAGUUUUACCUGUUGAGGAAAAGUUAGAGCAGCAGAUACUACAUACACACUUGCCUGUCUCACAAGCCUCAGCUGCUCCUGAUAAGUCAAAGCAUAAACAUCGGGCAACCACUGUUCAAGUUACGCUUGUCAACAAGAUUCCUCAGGUUCAAGAACAAGUCCACCAUCUAAACACUGAUGCCCCAUAUUCAACACAGUUUAUUGACCGUGAAAAUACCCAGGAAGUAUCAAGAUCAUCGAAAGAUCACAUCAGAUACACUGAAGAUGCCAGUCUAAGUCCCGAUCUCCCAGGAGAAGAAGGUCCUCCUCCACCAAAUAACAUUGCCUUCAGGAUUACUAAAACCAAAGUACAGGCUCUGUCAAAUGGAGAGUAUGAACAGCUUGUAAACAGCAAAGGUACAGAUGUCCAGACUUUAAAAGUCGGAUCUGAACCAAAUUUAUCUGCCCCUGAAGAUUCUGGAUUUGACAAGAAGCCAGUUAUCAUAAUUUUUGAUGAGCCAAUGGAUAUUUGUCAGGCCUACAAACGCCUGUCCACCAUAUUUGAGUGUGAAGAAGAGCUAGAGAGAGUGCUAUCAGAGGAGAGGAUCGAUGAGGAGAACGAGGAAGAAGAAGAAGUGGAAACCAACUCAAAAACUCAGGAUGAUCAUAAAACACCUAGAAAUAAUGUUGUAGAUCAGUGCAGAACUGAGAACAGGGUAAACAACCAGAGAAGUGGCAACAUUGCAAUGCUUCAAGGACAGCAGAGCUCCUUCGAAAGUCCUGUUUUUGAUGUUGAAGAAGGGGACAAGACAGGAUCGUCUAAAGAUGCAAAAAAGAAAUUUAAGUUUAAGUUCCCAAAGAAGCAGCUUGUAGCUAUUGGCCAGGCCCUUCGUACAGGGACAAAAACUGGCAAAAAGACACUGCAGGUAGUUGUCUACGAGGAUGAAGAGGAACCAGAUGGAACCAUGACUCCGCUCAAAGAAGCUAAAAGAUAUGAGAUCAAGUCCCACGUAGACACUAAUUCUACAACACAAAGGUCUUUAUCAGAAAACCAGACCACCGCAUCACAAAGCACCAAGGACAGAACUGAGGAGCUCCGCAAGUCUACUUAUCAAACAUUAGACAGCCUUGAGCAGACUAUUAGGCAACUAGAGACCACCAUAAGUGACAUUGGGCCUACCCUGGUUUCUGAAGUCUCCCACAAAGAAGAAUCAAAAGCGAAGAGAACUGCCAGUCAUGCAGGACCAGAGGAAGCCAGUCCCACAAAGAGGCCUGCACCUCUGAAGCCCAAACCUAGCAAGUCAUCGCUGCAAAAAAGAUCUAAAACACAGUCUCGAACCUCAUCAAGCACGUCCACCACUUCCUCCAGUUCCUCCAGCAGCAAACAGAACUCUGGUGACUCUCCAGCUUCGAGUCGGAUUUCCUCACCAAAGUCACGCCAACAGCCAGGGAGUGUGGAAAAAUCUGGAAAGACCCAAAAGCUCCAGGACUCCCAGAGGCAGUUCCGACAGGCUAACGGGAGUGCUAUGAAAGCUGGUGGGAAUAGUAAACAUGCUUUCCCUGCUUUGCCUGCUUCUAAGAUCCCAGCUUUUAUACCUAGCUCGUGGAAACAUAGCUCAACCCGUGCCCCUCGUUCAAAUGUGUCUAGGCUUACUAACCAAACCUCUUCCUCCACUAAGUCCUCAAUCCCAUGUCUCAGUUUGAGCUGGCCCAGUUGUAGACCUGUCACCCCUUCAAAGUCUCCUGAGCCAUCUCAGCAGCCUGAAGGUCAAAACCUAACCCUUCCUCCACACACUCAAAUUAGCCAGUCUUGCUCUUAUUCCUGCUCAUCCUCAUCAUCCUCUAGCUCAUACUCUUCCUCCUCCUCAGUCUCUCCGACCUCUACUUCCUCCUCCUCAUCCCCUUCCUCUCCUUCCCUCCUGUCUCCCACUGCCAUGUGCCGAGGAGGUCGAGCUGUACACAUACCCAGCUUCAGCAGCAGCAAGUCUAUGAAGGCCAGCAGUGGCCAAGCCACUAUCACACCAGCAUCCUUUUCCAGGGACAUGGCAUGAACUAUCCAUUUCUCUUGUUUGCUCUUUUUGUUGGCACUCAUUCUGUCAGGAUUUUAGGUGGCCAUGCGUUUCUUUAUCAAACAGAAACCGUUUUAGCUAUGCUGUGUAUUUGGGGUGGUGUUAUUGUCUUUGUGCACUUCCUCUGAAAUCCAAAAGUAGAGCCACAAAGGUGCUCUGAAUUUACGGUUUACAUGAGGAAUUAAACUUGACAGUGUUCA